AGCCCCCUGCUCAAUGCGAUCAAGCUCGGGAACCUCCGAAUACUCAAGAAACUGAUCAAAUACCUCCAGAGUUCUCAAAUCACAGAAGCGCAUCGGGAUACUUUGUUCAACAAUCCAUUGGCAAACUUUUGUAUUUAUAAAGCAAUUGGAAAAUCGAUUACGUACAGUAGAGACGAUAUGUUUCUCAUGGUCACAAAGCUGAUACGCCGCAAAUUUGGUGGACUUAAGCCCAGAGAUUUUGACGCCUUUGUCCGUCUGGUAGUCAAAACCUCCAAUGUCAGAAUGCUCAGAUAUCUCUUCCGCAUUCCAACUUCACCGGCGUGGGUAUUGACCCAGAACACUAUGUGUGCGAUUUGCAACUCCGCGGAGUAUGAUCUAAUUUACUUCGUAUUUCGCAAAGCUGACUGUGCCAACGCACAUAGAACUUCACGACGGCAUCCCUUGCACAUCGCUGUUCGGGCCGGACUCGAAGCCACGCGAGCGGUUUACGACACUGGCAAGUACGAUGUUAACGAAAGCGUGAGCUGGCCAUACAAAGGCUACUGGGAUGAACCUGUGACAGCGCUGGAUGUAGCAAUCUUUCGCCACGACCAUGCAAUAGUAAAGUGGCUCUUAGAUCAUGGGGCCAAUUAUCGGAGGAGAUUCCCUUCGUUUUAUAUGUCCUGCAGGAUAUUUAAUUAUAUACGAGAUCGAGCUAUCGUGGACGACCCAAGAAUGGUGGACUUGCCGUCUUAUGGGCAGUAUUCGGAUAUGUGUCGAGAGGCGCGGGAUAGUUUUGUAUUUGGCCUAGGUCAAUAG